UAGUGUAAUGCCGUUGUGAUGGGGGAAGUGUCAGUUCUUAGAAUAUUUAUGAUGUCUGUUUAAAAAUACAAAUUUAAUGUAACUUGAACUCCCACGAUUUUACAUAAUCAUGGACAUUGAUAUCGUUUUCAUCUCUGCAACAAUUAAAGCCGAACAUCGUAACUUAUCGUUAACCCCACCAACAUAACACUUGCUUCUAUAGCAUUGUUUUUCUCCCGUGGCUUGAAAGUGCGCACAGAGUGAAUCGCAGGUCUGCAAACUGAAGAAGGGUAAUGAAAUCUGGAUCAAUGUCGCUUGAACAACGAUGUUCACUCCUGCUUACACGGGAAGAAAAUGCUCAGGUACACAGGAUGCUGGGAAACAGGUGUAUGGCAUUGGCAUCUGCCGUCAUCCAGUUGUUUGUGUCAGAUCCACCAGAUCACUCGUCUUGGAGAAAAUAUGAUGCUGGUGUCUUGUGCCUUGUGAAAGACAAUUCACGGAAGUCUUACUUCUUUAGAUUAUAUUGCUUAACAAGAAAGCAGAUGGUGUGGGAGCAUGAAGUUUAUAAGGGGUUUGACUACAAGACACUGAGACCAUUUUUGCAUUCUUUUGAAGGCGAGGAUUGUAUGGUUGGGUUCAACUUUGCUAAUGAGGAAGAGGCUUCUUUGGUAAAGACUGUAUUAUUUGAAAAACUUGAAGCAAGGAAGCAACAUAAAGCAAGGCGUUCUCAUACCUCUCCGCAGUCUCGACAGGUUAAUGUGCACCAGACAGGGCCACUAUUGCCUGGAGAUAAUCUUCAUAUGGCCAAUGGAGUCAUCCCAUCUCGUCAGAUCCACAUUCCCACUGGCUCUGGCAAAAGGAAGGAAAAGGAUCCAAAAAGACGUAUAACAAAGGCUGAUAUAAGUGGUCCAAAGGAUUUCCGUCAUGUGACUCAUGUGGGAUGGGAUCCAAAUAAAGGAUUUGACUUGGAUAAUGUUGAUGAUCCUCAGCUGAAACAAUUUUUUGUUAAGGCUGGUGUGUCAAAUAGGCAGCUGCAGGACCGUGAAACAAGAGAGUUCAUCUAUGACUUCAUCAGUCGCCAUGGUGGCAUGGAUGCAGUUAAAGAGGAGUUAGUGACACCACCUGCAGCAAUUCCAACACCACCACCAGCAGCUGUGCCACCACCUGUUCCUGCACGAACACCAGUAGCUCCAGUACAACCUCAAGUACGAUCUGCGCCACCACCACCCCCAUCACGAUCGACACCAUUGCCACCUCCACCUCCACCACAACAGUUGAGAGGAGUUACACCAGCACCUGUACGGACAACAGAGGCAGCGUCACCAUGUCCCCCACAGGCACCUCCAGCCCCGCCUCCACCUCCACCACCCCCAAUGUUUGAGUCAGCACCAUUGCCACCACCAGUACCAACUGUGCCAGCACCCCCUGUUUCAACUGGAUCAGAUCAACGAGCAGCUCUUAUGGAUGCAAUCCGCUCAGGAAAGACACUUAAGCAUGUGGAAGUUGAGCAGAAGAAAUCGUCAGGAGGUAGAGGAGAUUCACGUGGUGAUCUGCUUGACCAAAUAAGACAAGGCGUUGAGCUAAAAUCUGUACAGCCAAACCAACGUCCACAAGUUGAGGAGACACAGAAUAGCUUAGCUGGUGCAUUGGCUCGAGCUUUAGCAGAAAGGGCUCGUGUAAUUCAUUCAGAAAGUAGUGGAUCAAGCGGAGAUGAUGAUGACGAUGAUGAUGAUGGGGAUGAUGAAUGGGAAGACUGAAAAACCUGAUAACGCCUGUUUCUUUAUUCAAAAGUUGUUUUCUAUUUAUGAGCUUACGAGUGCUAAAUUACAAACAUGAAUGUCGUUGCUUAAAGCCCACCCUCCCACCACUUACACCAACUAAUUGUUAAUCUUCGCAGUGAACUGUUAAAUAUAUUAUGAAGAGGAAUUAUGCUCAGAAAUUGCUGAUUCAUGUAGUGGAUCGUAAAUUUGGAAUGGUUGAGUACAUAAGUUUUCUGCAGUCAGGUUCCUUGGGUUGUGCCUUAAGUUCGCUCUGAACUGGAAAUUCAUUGGUUAAUGCCUGUUUUUUUUCAUGAAAUGAGAAAAAUUCCAUUGCCCUUGUGUGUAAGUACUGAAACUGCUAGUUAGCUGUUACAAAGUAAAGUGGGAGAGUAACAGAACUUCAGUAGAAAAAGUACUAAUGUUAGGCAUCAAAUUAUUUUCCCUUUAUGUUGUUGAGGAAAAGAUUAGAGAAGCACAUCCCUUUUUGUGUGUGGAAAUUUUUGUUUGUCAGGCAUUGAUGAUAUUUUAAUGACCAUUGCAAUGUUCAAUGUGGAAUGGGAUGUGCUGUGCAUUGCUGUGAUUAAAAGACAUGUCAAAAAUGUUAGUUACUGUUGCUGUUUGUUUUCAGGGUUUACAUGUAUCUUCGCAUUCUAAAAGUUUUAGUUUUAGUCUCACUAGUAACUUUAAAUUUAAUCAUUCUAAUUAAAAAAAAUUGAACAGGUAAAAUGUAUAGAUAUGGUGUCUAAAAGAAAUUGUUUCCUACACGACAGAAAUUUAUUGAAAUUAAGAAAUUUCUUUACAUUGGUUAUGAGAGAUAUUACCACUAAUGUUUAUUUAAGUGCUUUUUUUGUGAAGUGUGAAUGUAUAAUUCCUGAAUUGCGGGUUUUGUCACAUGGCAGUCAUAAACACCAAAUAAAAUAUAGUUAUAGUGCAGAGCAACAGUAUAUCUCCUGUGUGUUAAAUGCUAUUUUUUAAUGUGUUAUAUAUCUCAUUGAUUCAUAAGCGUGUGUGUGUGUGUGUGUGUGUGUGUGUGUGUGUGUGUGUGUGUGUGUGUGUGUGUGUGUGAGAGAGAGAGAGAGAGAGAGAGAGAGAGAGAGAGAGAGGAGAAGAAGAAGAAGAAGGAAAAAGAGUGAGUGAGUUUCUGAGUGGGAGGAAGGAGGAGCUGGAGAUAUACGAUUGUCACUAAUGGGCAUUGAUAAUUAUAAAAAUUUGAGAAUCCAAUGAGUUAGAAUUUUAUUCACAUUCAAAAAACUUGAGGGUGGUAGUUAACAUUCAUGAAACCCAUAGAAUACAUUUUAAUCUCUCUCUCUCUCUCUCUCUCUCUCUCUCUCUCUCUUUCUUUCUCUCUCAUCCAUCCAUCCAUCUUAUUCUUCUUGUACCUGUUGUGACAGUAGUAUGUACAUUGGUAUUAUCUUUUUUGUUUUCAAUGUAAAUAUGGAGCUGAAUUCGUCAAUGUAUGUAAGUAAUAAAUGUUUCCCAUCUA